AUGUCCUCCCAAACCGAAGAACCCCUCGUCCCAGGCCACGUCGCAUUCAACGACGCACCCACCCUCCUCGACGCCGAAGACCAAGUUAAAUCACCUUCAUCCUCACCCUCCCACUCCCAAUCUCAAUCCAACUCCCAAACACACUCACACUCCCAAACCAACCAAUCCCCAAUAUCCGGCUCACAACUCCCAACACAGAAUAAAGGCGCCAAAGUAGCGGAAGUUAAUAUCGGGAAUGAGAGGAGGAAUAGUGUUGUUAGGGAGGUGGAGGUUGGUGAUGAUAACGAGGAGAGAGAGAUCGGUAGGGGUGUAAAGGGCGGAGAGGGAGAGGGGCAGAAGGCUAUGAAGGAGGGGAGGGAGGUUAUUUGA